AAUGUUUGGAGGUUCUACUAAACUUGCUACAGAAGGUUUAAUGGACUGGAGAAAUGUUAUUAAAAUUGUAAAACAACAUGAAGUCUCUAAGGAACAUACUAACUGUCAAAUAGUAUUUUUACGUAGGAGCAAUAAUGUUGGGAGAAUAGAUAGUGAUCUCUGUAUUCAAAUAAAUAAUGAAAUAGAUUAUUGGAAAAAUGUGUUGAAACGGGUUAUUGCUGUCAUAAAAAAAUUGGGAAGUCGUGGUCUUCCAUUUAGAGGUUCCGUAGAAAAAUUUGGAAGUCAAAAUAAUGGUAAUUUUAUGAUGUGUUUAGAAUUAAUAUCUGAAUUUGACCCUUUUCUAAGCAAUCAUAUAGUUCAACAUGGAAACCCGGGUAGUGGUCAUACAUCUUACCUUUCUUCUACAACAUGUGAUGAAAUAAUUACAUUAAUGACAACACAAGUUACUAAUGUAAUUAUAAAAGAAAUUAAAAGUGCAAAAUAUUUUUCGAUUGUGAUAGACUCAACUCCUGAUAUCAGCCACACAGACCAGUUAGCAUACGUUAUUCGUUACGUUAGAGAUGACGGUUUCCCUGUCGAACGUUUUAUGUGUUUUUUACCAAAUAUUGGGCAUAAGUCUGAAACACUUGAAACGGCCGUAUUAUCUUUUUUAACUAAACAUGAUAUUGACAUAAAUAACUGUAGGGGCCAAUCGUACGACAACGCCGCCAAUAUGUCUGGAAUUUACUCGGGUUUACAGGCAAGGAUAAUAAAAAAAAAUCCUUACGCGUAUUACGUACCAUGUGCUGCUCACUCGCUAAACUUGGUUGGGACUUGUGUAGCUGAAUGCGUAAAAGAAGGAUUAUCGUUUUUUAACACUAUAAAACAUCUUUAUUCUUUUUUUUCUGCAUCUACUAGACGAUGGGAUAUUUUAAAGUCCAGCCUAACGCUCGGUAAAAAAGUUGUCAAAAGAGCAGAUGGAACUAGGUGGUCUGCUCGGCAUGAAGCUUGUGACAGCUUGUAUCAAAACUAUGACGGUGUUAUAAGAAAUUUAAGUUUAUUAGAAGAAGAUAAUUUUGAAAAGGCGAAGACGCGUUGUGAGGCAGCUGGUUUAAGACAUCAACUUGACCGUUUUGAAACAGUUUUUAUGACUGUAUUUUGGAAUGCAAUUUUGGAGAGUUUUAAUAACACAAGCAAAGAGCUUCAAAAAAAUAAAUACAGAUUUGGGAAAAGUUGUCAAACUCUAUAA